AUGGAAAGCACACCGCAGAAUGAAAGUGACCAGAUGGAGUUUGAUAGAACAAUUCGCCUGAACUUCUUGAUCACAAUCUUUCUGCAAUUCAUCAUUUCCCUGGUGGGGCUGGCAGGAAAUGCUGUGGUGCUCUGGCUCCUGGGCUUCUGCAUGAAGAGGAAUUCUUUUUCUGUCUACAUCCUCAACUUGGCAGGAGCCGAUUUUGUCUAUCUAUUCAUCCAGAUAUUAAAUUCCGUAAAUUUCAAGAUAGACUUAAUCUUCGAUCCCAAAUUUUUCUACGUGUCUGCCUUUCCCUAUGUUGCAAGCCUGAGCAUUCUCACUGCCAUUAGCAGUGAGCGCUGCCUGUCUGUGCUACAGCCCAUGUGGUAUCGUUUCCACCGCCCAAAACACAUGUCAUCUGUUGUCUGUGCCCUGAUCUGGGCCCUGUCCUUGCUCCUGUGCAUCCUAAGAUUGGAGUUCAGUGGCGUUCUCUUUGGGGGAUCUAAUAAGUAUUUGUGUAAGCUAGUUGAUUUCAGCAUUGCCACAUGGCUGAUUUUCUCCUUUGUUCUUCUGUUUGGAUCCAACCUGGUGCUGCUGGCCAGAAUUCUGUGUGGCUCCCGGAAGUUGAAGCUGACCGGGCUGUAUGUGAUCAUUGGGCUUACUGUGCUGGUCUUCCUCAUCUGUGGUUUGCCUCCAGUCAUCUACUGGUUCCUCCUAUACUGGAUUCCAAACAUGUAUAAAAUUAACGGCUCUACACCUUAUAUUGUGACAGUGAUAUUAUUAGCAUCCUGUGUCAAUAGCUGUGCCAAUCCCACAAUUUACUUCUUUGUUGGCAUUUAUAGGCAGCAGCAAAGACAGCAAAGAAGGAGCCUCAAGUUAAUUCUCCAGAGAGCUUUGCAGGAUGAUUCUGAGGAGGACAGAAGUCAAGGCAGCCCUCCUCAGGAGACCCUAGAGAUGUUAGGAAAUGGCCAUGGGUCCUAA